CAGAAAAACGUCAAAGAAAACCAUUAGCAAUUGUUGAUCCUGUAUCACAUACAGCUGUAGAUAUUUCAACAACUACGCCAGCUACAAAUCCAGCAUCAUCCGUACCACAUGGUACAACUAAUGAAAAUCGUCAAAAUGAAUCGACUACUGAUUCACCAGCAGCAUCAAAUGUCAAAUUAGUAAAUGAUACAAAUAAAACUCAAAUACAAACUGAUUUUCGACAUAAAAUUGCACAAUUAUUAAUUGAUAAUCCAAGUACUUCAGUAGAUAAGAAUACAACUCAACAAGUUGCAUCUACUGGAUCAAAUGAAGAUUCAUCAACGAAACAAACUUCUACUAAACAAUCAGAAAACAUUGUACCACAAUCAACAUCAUCAGCGUCUUCAUCUCGUUCAGGUUCAGUAUCUCGACCAAAAUCUCCGACACCAGUUCCAUCAAGUGGUAUAUCAGCAACAGGAAGUAAAGAAUCUACGUCAAGUAAAUCAUCUGAACAACCACAACCAGGUUAUCCUGGUAUUCGUACACGAACUAUAACCGAUGAUUUACCAAAAAGUACUAAUAAUAAAACAAAUCAAGAUGAAACCAAAGAUAAACGUGAUCGAAGUGAUUCUCAAAGACAGCAAGAAACUGAAUCAUCAUCAUCAAUUGAAUCAAAUGAAAAAACCAAUAAUGAUUCAAAAUCAACGUCUGAUGAAACAGCAAUUAAACUUGAUGAAGAAAUUACAUCAAAUCAGACAGAUUCUCAUCCAACACCUCUUUUAUCAACAACAGAAUCAUUAGAAUGUGUUACACCUCCACAAACACCAACACAAUUAACAAGUGAUGAUAAAUCUCAAGCAGCAAUAAAUCAACGUUUACGUUAUGAUCGUCAUGAACUUCUACGUAUUCGUGAUAGUUCAGGAGCAUUUCCAGUUCCUUCACUUCCAGAUCUUGAUAUUGUUCUCAAAGGACUUACUAAUCGUCUUUCACAUCCAUAUACAGGUACAAAUAGUCAAGGACGUAAUAUCAAUCCACAAUUUCAUCGACAAAUGUCAUCAAGUAAUCAUCCAUCUUUAACACGUUAUUCAAAUAAUGCUGGCAACAGUGCAAGUGAUUCAAGACGUAAACCAGUUAUUUAUAUACCAAAUGAACCUGAUUUUGAGAAUCGUGUGGCAAAUCCUUAUAAACCACUUGAUCAAAAUAAAGUCGAUGCUAAUAUUAAAGUUUUACGUGAUGUUAAAGCAAUAUUAAAUAAAGUUACACCACAAACAUAUGAUAAAUUACAAAAACAACUUGAAUUAUUAGAAAUUGAUCGUUAUGAACGAUUAGAAGGAAUGAUUACUAUAUUUUUUUCAAAAGCUGUUGAUGAACCAGCAUUUAGUUUUCUAUAUGCUAGAUUAUGUAAACAAUUUCAAAAGAAACAAGUGACUGUGCCGUCAGAAGAUGGUAAAACAGUAACACAUUAUUUUCGUCAAAUAUUAUUAACACGUUGUCAAAAAGAAUUCGAAAAUGAUUAUAGACAAGAAAUCGAAUAUGAUAAAAGAAAAUGUGAAGUCACAGCUAUUACGGAUGAAAAGAAACGUAAAGAAGAAGCUGAAAAAUUAGAAGAAGAUCUUGUUAAAGCAAAACGAAGGAAAUUAGGAAAUAUUUUUUUUAUUGGUGAAUUAUUUAAAUUACAAAUGUUAACUGAUACUAUUAUGUAUGAUUGUAUUGAAUAUUUACUACGUGAUAAAACUGAUGAAGAAAGUCUUGAAUGUUUAUGCCGUCUUCUACGUACUAUUGGUAAAGAACUUGAAGCUAAAGCAAGUGAAAAAACUGCAAAUAAAACAAAUUUAGAAAAACAUUAUCGUGAAUUAGAGGGUAUUACUAAAGACCACAAUAAAGAACAAAAAGCAUCUGCACGUAUUCGUUUUAUGAUUCAAGAUCUUCUUGAAUUAAGACAAGGAUCAUGGGUUCCUCGUCGUGCUGAAGCAAAACCCAUGACAAUUGAUGAAAUUCAUGAACAAGAACGUAUUAAACGUGAACAACAAGAACGUGAUCAAGAACGUGAUCGACAACAACGACGUGACCAAAAUCGUGGUACUGCUAUUGGUAGUGCAUAUAGUGGUGGUAAUCAACAACAGUAUAACGAUGGACGUGGUAGUCGUGGUAGUGGAAUUAAACAACAAACUAGUAGAAAUGAUGAUGAUAGAGUGGAUAAUCGUUUUAAUGUUAAUUCCCUAAGACAAUUACAAUCAACUGAUAAACAAAGUCGAGGACAAUUAGCUAUUAAUUUAGCACCACAACGUACAUGGGCAAAAGGAUCUGGAAUUGAAAAGAAACCUGAAGAAGAUCGUUCAUUUGCUGGACGUGCUGGUAAACCACCUGCUGGUCCAGUUCAACAAAUAAAAGGUAAAAUAGGUUCAUCUCAAGGUGGUCCAUCUUAUCCUCUUCAACGUCAAUCAUCACGUGAAUUAGCACGUGAAAAUAGUCAUCGCGAUCGUGAAAAUGCUUUACAAUCAUUACGAAAAAACAACUACUAG